CGCAUCUCCGUGGGGGGGCAGGAGGGGUAGGCGAGCUGCGCUCCUGCUUACGUGCAUAGCGGUACACAUCCGCUGCGCUGUCUCCCCUGGUAUACGUCUGUUCACGCUGCACCCUCGCAGGGUGACACGGUCUAUGUCGGACGGCUGUAGUGCAGGGCUGCCCCGCCACUCGCCGGCAAGAUAGCGGUACAAUCUCCCUCCGCCGAGCCAGGGCUGGGUCUCAGAGUUCGUUCCCUCGGUGCGAAGUAACGCAUACCUGCCAGUUUACAUUUUUCUUUCAUUUGCAAAGCAUCGCAUUGUGAAAAAUAGGAAAACGAAGUUCAUCCGGGCGAGGAUUUGAAGGCUGCAGUGAACAUAAAUGGUGGAGGCCAUUGUGGAAUUCGACUACAGGGCCCAGCACGAUGACGAGUUGACCAUCGCCGUCGGCGACAUCAUCAGCAACAUCCGCAAGGAUGACGGCGGCUGGUGGGAGGGAGAGCUGGCUGGCCGCAGGGGCUUCUUCCCGGAUAACUUCGUCAGGGAGAUCAAGAAGGAGGUCAAGAAGGAGGUCAGCAGCGGAGCUAAGAAGGCAGAGCUCCCCAACGGCGCCCCCAGCCCGGGGUCUGAGCCCAGCAUGCGGGCCGUCAAGAAAGCAGGAGACGCCAUCCGCAGGAGGAGAUGUAAGGUGGCCUUCAGCUACGCCCCUCAGAAUGAGGACGAGCUGGAGCUGAAGAUCGGGGAUGUCAUCGAGAUUCUGGCCGAGGUGGAGGAGGGCUGGUGGGAAGGCACUCUCCAUGGAAAGGUUGGCAUGUUCCCCUCUAACUUCACCAAGCUGUUGCUGGAUGAGGCUGAGGACCCGCCCACUCCCCAGGAGGACAGCCGCAGUGGCCGCACCAGCAUGAAGGACAGCACAGGCUCGGAGAGCGAUGGCGGAGACUCAGGCAGCGUGCGCUCCGACACGGGCAGUGUGGCGUCCGGCAGCGGUGGGAUCCAGCCCAAGAAGGUCCGUGGUGUUGGCUUUGGGGACAUCUUCAAAGACCAGGCCAUCAAGCUGCGGCCGCGCUCCAUGGAUGCUGACGCCGAAUUGGAGAAGCAGGCUGUGAAGAAAGCCCCUCCCCCCGCAGGCGGCCAGGACGCUGUGAAGUCUGAUCCUGAUGCCAAGGCUAAAGCAAAGGAGUUCUGCAAAGUGCUGUUUCCAUACGAGGCACAGAACGAAGACGAGUUGUCCAUCAAGGAGGGCGACAUUGUAGUCAUUAUCACCAAGGAGUGUGCGGACACCGGCUGGUGGCUUGGCGAGCUGAAUGGCAAACAAGGCGUGUUCCCAGACAACUUUGUCAAGCUCUUAGUCCCUGAGGUGGAGAAGGAGAGGCCUAAGAAACCGCCCCCUCCAGCUGCCCCCUCAGCCAAACAGAAUGCAGAGAGGAAGCCAGACAGCAAACCGGAUGGCAAAACAGACAUGAAGAAGGUCCCCCCCGAGCGGCCCGAGUGCCUGCCCCAGCGGGGGGAGGACAGAGGUGACGAGGUGAAGGUGGUGGAAAUCCCGAAGCCGGCCCUCCCUGGGAUCCCCCCGAAGAAGCCCCUGCCCCCCAAGGCCACCAACUCGCUCGGACGUCCCCCCCCCGUCUCCUCUGUGCCGAGGAGGCCAGAGCGACCCGAGAGGCCAGCUGUGCCCAGCGCCCAAAGCGACAGCUCCAAAUCAGAUGGUGGGACCCCAGCAUCAGAUCGGGGGUCCUCAGAGAGGUCUACUGACAUAGAUGUGGAAGACCUUGACUCCAUAGUGUCAUCCACGGAGCGGCUGAACCACCCGACCGCGUCUCGACCACGCAUGAUAGACCGUCGUCCGCGCUCACAGAUCUUCACCUCUUCCUCACUCUCCAGCCCAGACCUCCAAGACUCCCUGGUGCUAGAUGAUGAGAAGCCAGAGAAGGAGAAGGAGGGGCAGGAUUCCUCCUCCUCUAAAGCUCUCGAUGCCACCAGGAAGGUGCCCAAAACUGCCCCAGUCCUACCAACCAGUGACAAGUCAGCCUUGCCCCCCAAGCCUGUCGUCCCCCCCUUGUCCUCCGGCACCGCCCCCCAUGCCUCGGCAUCAGGGGGCUCUUCUGAGCCCCCCAGCAUGGAAGAGCUCAAGGCUCAGCUCAGGGACCUGCAGGCCGCCGUGGAGAUGAUGAAGCUGCAGCACAAGAGAGAAAUUAAGCAGCUGACGGGGGAGCUGGAUGAGGAAAGAAAGAGCCGCCUCACUCUACAGAUGGAGGUGGAGAGCAUCAAGAAAGCCCUCUGCAAGUGAGGGGGGGGUGGGGGGAGGACACAGCCCACCCGGCCCCAUGGGCCACAGACUUGAAGACACGUGACAGCCAAAACCUUCUGUGCCAAAAAACAAACAAACAAAUCAUGGAUAAGUCCUGCCCCCUUACUGUUCUAAUAGCUUCCUUUGUUUUUAUUUGUUAUAAACUCUGCCUGUGGAAAUGUAGGGUGUCUGAGGGGACAGGGCCAGGCCACCCGGACACCACGCGGGUUCUGGGUGCUGAGCCUCACUGGUACUGUUCCCUAUCAAAUGAAUGCAGCUGUUUCCCACUGGACUGUGGUCCCACUGCAUCUUUCCCUGCGCCUGGGGGCUCCUGCUCGUUUAAUUUCUGUGUGGGGGAGCCGUAGAGGGACUUGACACACACUAGCCCCGCACGUGACCUCCAUGGCGACCGUACACCGAGGCCUUCUUGGUUUUCACCGUCCUUUGCUUUGGUCCUUAUGGUGAUGACAAGGUUUCAUUUGCAAACUUAGUUAUUUCUUGCAGAAAUCUAUUAUAUAAAUAUAUAUAUAAUUAUAUAUACUUUUGUAUUUUGAUGUACUAAAAAUGCAGUUAUGUGUGGAAAAUUUUAUUAAAAAAACACACUAAUUGUU